GAUAGUAGUACUUAUCACCAUUCCAUCCAGCUAUCCACACACUGCACUGUUCUGUUCAGAACCCCCGAAGGCAAAGACAACACAAGAAACAGAUACACAGAUCUAGAUGAAAGAGCAGAAGGGGCGCAUUUUCUCUCAUUAGAUUCGAUUCGCCUUGGAGCCAAUUAAGGCUCUGAGAUGCACCAUAAUUCAUUUGGGGUUCUGCUCUUCGGUGGCGAAAUUCAGUGGGAGAAGGAGCGAUAAUUCCUCACUCCAAUAUAUAUACAACAUACACCACUACUAUCAUUUCAGUUUAUCUGUGAUUUCAAUCCUGCAUGUCCACAACAGGGGUGAUGGCAGCGACAGAGAAGUCUGCGACGGUGAUGGAAGCGGAGGUGCGUUCGGUGACGUGCUACUGUUGCGGGCUAACUGAGGAUUGCACUGCGCUUUACAUUGACGGCGUGAAGGAGAGGUACCAGGGUCGUUGGAUUUGUGGGCUGUGUGCUGAAGCAGUGAAGGAAGAGGGUUUGAAGUUGAAAGAUGUUGAUGUUAACACAGAUGAAGCACUGAAGCGCCACAUGAAGUUCAGAUCUUUUGCUUCUAGUCCUCCCAAAAAACCCACCCAAGACUUGAUUCUUGCAAUGAAACACCUUCUUUUUCGAUCUUUGGAUUCUCCCAGGAAGGAUUCUUUGACCUGUUCGCCACUGGCUAGUUCCCACAAAUGUUUUUCACCUGGAUCCUCGAAGGGAGAGCCACAAGAGAUAAUCACCAGGGAGUAGUAUCUGCUGACUUCCGUGCAUGCAGAGGAAAACUUUAUUUACUUAUCUUGAAUAAUUUAGUAAUGCUUAAUUUUGUAUUUCUCUGUCACCUUGUUGUUUAGAUUGAAUAAUUGGUCUGUGUUUUUGUGACAUUUUUAAACUGAAUGGAUGAUUUGGCAGGAGUCUUCCUCCUUCCUUGACUUCAGUUUAAAUGUCAUGAAUUUCCCUUCUUUGUCUGUGUCUGUUUGACCCAGUUUAGACCAAGUAUGACACUGUUUUUCAAUGUUUAAACAAGUUGCACGAUCAUGUGUCUGUGCUGGUAA